AUGGAUACCAUAGCUGCGAAUUAUAUUUCCAGUAGUGACAGUGAGGUUGAUAGUGAGCCAGAACAGAAAAGGGCUAAAAUCAGUGAUUCAACGGAGGAGCUCAAUAAGGAAGCAAAUUUAAAAUUGCCUACAGUUCCAUCGACAGUGUUGGACAAAUAUUACGUUAGCCCUAACAUUUUGAAAUACACAGAGGAGAUGUCUAAUUUGGUUGGGAUCAAAACUGGAUUUAGGACAGGUCAAUUCCGAAGUUUUAUUUUUUUAGAAUGGAGACCUACUAGCUUACAAAGACAACAACUAGUAAAAUCAAUUAAUCAAUUUAACGAGAAUUUGACCAAGACAAAGGGAUCAAACUUCAGAUUUGAUCCACUAUUCAUUUCAUCGUUGGGCUCACCAGAACCAUUGCAUGUAUCAUUAUCCAAAUCAAUAGUAUGCGAAUCUAUUACACAAAGAAAUUUAUUUUAUAGAGAAUUAAAGAAAGAAUUGCAAUCAGUGCAGAUUCAGCCAUUUACAUUAACAUUUACAAACAAACCGUUGGUUCUAACGGCAAAACAAGACAGUUCGAUGUUCCUAUGUCUAGAGGUCAACCGAUCCCACAGAACUAAAAUCUUGAAACCAAUACAAGAUGCAAUCAGUUCUGCAUUAGAGACCACAUUUUCAAAUCAAUCGGACAUCAUCAUGAACUUCCAAGUCUCAAAUGAAUAUCUACACAUGUCAAUAGCACAGAUGACAAAUUGCCCUCCUAGUUCAGCCAAUUUAAAAAGCUCUUCCAUCGAUUGGGAACCAUUCCAUGGACUCGAUGAGAUCAAAGUUCCUUGUAAAGAGGUCAAGUGUCUAAUAAAUAGACAACUCUAUUCCAUUCCAAUCUCGUGA